CUCAAGCCAAAGAUGGAAGUGUGUUCACGUUGAAGAGUCGGGGCUGUUAGUAUCAUUUUAGGUAAAAACAAACGUUAUCGACAAUUCCUUGAAGUGUCAUCAAACAACCUUUUCUUCGAUAGAAGAAGAACAUGGCGCAUAAUAUAUUUCGCAGUCGUACAGUUAUGGUAGGGCAAGCUGGUGUGGAAGCCGCCUAUCGGUCCUUAAUGAGAAUACAUCGAUUCAGACGCCGAUCUAUACUGUUUACGAGUUUUCGCGAGGGGACAGCGUUCCGCUUUCACCCACUGAUUCUGGGCGCUAUGGCAACGAGCGUCUGUGACGUCAAACCGAAUCGAUCUAUAAUGAACACAGAGGGCCUAAGCAGGCAUGUUCAACUAAAAAGACGACACGAAAAACCUACAGUUAAAAGGCGAAGAUUAGUUUAUGAAAGAGCACAGCGAAUUUAUAAUGAACAGAUCCAAUCUAAAGUAGCUUUUCUUCUAAGAACACAGCGCAAAGAGACACCGUGGAGUUGAAAAAAUUAUAUUGAUGCCCAAAGUACAAAUUGCUCGUAUCGUGUCAUCGUUGUCAGAAAUUUAAAAAACUUAAAUGUUUGGUAUAAAGUUUGUUUUUGUUACAUUUGAAUUCGAUUUGUUUCUCUCUGAAAGUUGUUUACCAAUGCAUGCAACACUAAUGCCUAUAUAUCAAA